AUGGCGACCGAAGGGGGAGCCGGUCUGGCCAAGUCCGCCGUGGAGAAGCUGUCCGAUGCCAUGGGCGAGAAGACCAAGCAGCUGGGCACGGCCAUGCAGGACGUGCACCGGCAGCGGCGGCUGAUCCUGGUCAUCGUGUGCGUGGCCCUCUUCCUGGAUAACAUGCUCUACAUGGUGAUCGUGCCCAUCAUGCCGAGCUACCUCGCCAUGUGGGAGGCCAAGAUCCCCGCCCGGGAGAGCAACGCCAGCGGGGCCAACGCCAGGGGGGCCAACGCCAGCUGGGCCAAGUCCGUGCUGGGGCCCGGGUAUCCCCCGGAAAACGAGGACAUCAAGAUCGGGGUGCUCUUCGCUUCCAAGGCCAUCCUGCAGCUGCUGGUGAACCCGCUGAGCGGCACCUUCAUCGACCGCGUGGGCUACGACAUCCCGUUGCUGAUCGGCCUCACGGUCAUGUUCCUCUCCACCAUCAUCUUCGCCCUGGCCGAGAACUACGCCACCCUCUUCGCCGCCCGCAGCCUGCAGGGGCUGGGCUCGGCCUUCGCCGACACCUCCGGCAUCGCCAUGAUCGCCGAUAAGUACACCGAGGAGUCGGAGCGCAGCCGGGCCCUGGGCAUAGCCCUGGCCUUCAUCUCCUUCGGCAGUCUGGUGGCGCCCCCUUUCGGCGGCAUCCUCUACCAGUUCGCCGGCAGGCGGGUACCCUUCCUGGUGCUGGCCAGCGUCUGCCUGCUGGACGGCCUGCUGCUGCUCACCGUCAUCAAGCCCUUCGGCAGCCGGACUCGGGAGAACAUGCUCGUGGGCACCCCCAUCCACAGGCUCAUGAUCGACCCCUACAUCGCCGUGGUGGCCGGCGCCCUCACAACGUGCAACAUCCCCCUGGCCUUCCUGGAGCCCACCAUCGCCACGUGGAUGAAAAAGAAUAUGGGCGCCUCGGAGUGGGAGAUGGGCGUCACGUGGCUCCCCGCCUUCUUCCCCCACGUGCUGGGCGUCUACAUCACCGUCAAACUGGCCGCCAAGUACCCGCACCUGCAGUGGUUCUAUGGGGCCCUGGGCAUGGUCAUCAUCGGGGCCAGCUCGUGCACGGUGCCCGCCUGCCGGAACUUCGGGCAGCUCAUCGUCCCGCUGUGCGGCAUUUGCUUCGGGAUCGCCCUGGUGGACACGGCCCUGCUGCCCACGCUUGCCUUCCUCGUGGACUUGCGCCACGUGUCCGUCUACGGCAGCGUCUAUGCCAUAGCGGAUAUCUCCUACUCCGUGGCGUAUGCCCUUGGGCCCAUAGUCGCCAGCCAGAUCGUGCACUCGCUAGGCUUUGUGCAGCUGAACCUGGGCAUGGGGCUUGCCAACGUGCUUUACGCCCCGGUCCUCCUGUUCCUCAAAAACGUCUGUCAAAUGAAAGCCUCUCACUCCGAGAGGAACAUCCUGCUGGAGGAAGGACCCAAAGGGCUCUAUGACACCAUCAAAAUGCAGGAGCGCAAAGGCAAGGGGAAAAACCCCCAUCCAGCAGGGGGGAUGGAAGGAAAUAGCGUGGACUCUUACCACAGAGACCUGACAGGGCCCUCGGAAGAGGACUCUUCAGACUAUGAAUACAGUUAG